AUGCCUCCCAAAUUCAAACCCAACUCAAACCCCCCAGACCCACGAAACCACCUACACUUCGAUCCCUGGCAAUCAUCCUCAACAGGACACCAGCGCGCCAAUCCUGGCUCAUUCCUAGGCUCGACGCCAUGGCGCGAAGCACGAUCUUCGAAACUGACCCAGCAAUACAAAAGCGGAGACUGUUUACCUCAACGAAGAGGAUCAGAUACAACGCUGGUUCCUGGCGCAUUUGAUGGGAAAUGCGUUGAUUCGCCGCCUAAGCCACCUGGAGAAUGGACCAUGAUCAAUGAAGAAGAUUUGAAGCGGAAUCAGCUGGGUGUGCGGGACAUUCGGUCGUUUAUGGGGGUUGGCAAGAGGAAGGCUGGUGAGGAAUUGGGUGAUAAGCUUGAUAAGAAGGCUAAGGUUGUGGGGAAGGAAAUGUCAAGAGAGAAGGAACCUACUGCUCCGGCUGGAUUGGAACCUAAACCUGAAUCAGAACCUGAAUCAGAACCUGAAUCGUGGACUGGUACUGGGACUCUGGAUUUGGAAUCUAUGUCGGAUAUCUUUGCUGGCAUCACGAUCUUCAUUAGUGGAUCUACACUCCCCCAGAUCUCGGAGUACAAACUUAAACACCUGCUUGCUUCGAAUGGUGCCAGGACGUCUAUUUACAUGGCUCGGAAGACGGUCACGCAUGUUAUUGUUGGGCAGCCGAAUACUGGAUGUUCGGGUGCAGGUGGGGGUCUCUCGGCGCGGAAACUUCAGCAGGAGAUUGCGCGUGGUGGGUGGAAGGGUGUGAAGGUUGUCAGUGUGGAUUGGGCUAUUGAGAGUAUGAAAGCUGGACGAAGACUUUCCGAGUCCCGAUUCCCUGGAAUGCAUGUUGCCUCAAAAGGGCAGCGAAGUGUUGCUGGGAUGUUUGCGAAGAAGUGA